AGUUUUUAAACUACAGAAGGCGAAGCUUGAUCUGACCUUUCUCGAGGACUGUAAAAAGAACUCGGUGAUCCCAAAGUUUUUGAAUUUUAAACUUGCCAACCGUUAUCUACAAAAUUCAAAUGCAUAUUUACAAUGCCAACGCAAGUUAUUGAAUCAAGAAAUAUCGAUCAAACAUUCCAGAAUAACUGUCCUAUCCCUUGAAGUUACUGAAGCACUCUCGAAGCUAACCGCACUAGUUUCUACUAUCGAUGCAAUACAUCUUAGAUCUGUUUGUGAUCGUGAAAACUCCGCCAAACUACGUCAUCAUGAGAGAAUCCAACAAAAGAAACUUUUUCGUUUGUGUGGUGAUGCGUCUAAAUCUUCAACACCAGAUCCUGACAAU